AUGCGGUCAGUAUCAAAGCACGAAUCUAUUUUAAUAUCAAAUCUAUCGGAACGUCAAAUUCAUGGUUCGAGAAGAUUUUCGAAACGCGAGACUCAACUGUCUGCAAUUGAACCAACACUCCUAGAAAAAAGGCUUUGUGAGGCAUUUGAUGUAUUUGAUAGUUCAAAACUCGGUGAGAUAGAUGUUAGGGACUUGGGAACUAUUAUUAGAGCAUUAGGAUGUGUGAUCACCGAAGCAGAAUUACAGGAGAUACAAGUUGUAGUGGAAGAUGUGGAAAACAGUUCGGUACCAACGGACAAAUUUGUAGAAUACAUGCACAAAGCUAUUAACGAACGCAAAUAUAAACCAGCUGAACCAGAAGAUCUUUUAAGAGCAUUUCAAUUAUUGGACCCUGAAAACCGUGGUUAUAUAAUGCGUGAUGUUUUAGAGAAAGCGAUGAUGGAAAUUGGGGAACCAUUUUCAGAGCAAGAAAUAGCAGACAUGAUGGUCAUUGCAUGUGAUCCAAAAACAAAAAGAAUCAAUUACGAACAUUACAUUAAUUUACUAAUUGUGAAAAUACCUAAUGAAAGAAAUGUAUAUUCAAUCGUUGAUGAAAUGGAUGCAGCUAGAUUAAAAGCUAUGCCUAAAAAACGUAGAUUGGAAGAUCUUCUUUUGAACUAUCAAACAGCUUAA